UCUCAGCAAGCUCCAGCUCAUCCAUCUGCAGUACAUCAGGAGAAACUACGAUGACUCCUGUGAGAUCCUCGUCCCUGUCACUGCUGCUUCUGCUGAGCCUGGUGGCUCUCGUGAAGGCGGGAAUCAUGAUCCCACAAAGUCCAGGAUGCCCAAAAACUGAGGAUAAGAACUUCCCUCAGCAUGUAAGGGUCAACUUGAACAUCUUGAACCGGAGCACACCUGCCAGACGGCCCUCAGAUUACUCCAAACGCUCCACCUCACCAUGGACUCUCCAACGCAACGAGGACCCCGAGAGGUACCCCUCUGUGAUCUGGGAGGCCAAGUGCAGCCACUCGGGCUGUAUCAAUGCUGAAGGGAAGGAAGAUCAUCACAUGAACUCCGUCCCCAUCCAGCAAGAGAUCCUGGUCCUGCGAAGGGAGCCUCGCCACUGCCCCAACUCCUUCCGGCUGGAGAAAGUGAUGGUGACCGUGGGCUGCACCUGUGUCACCCCCAUCGUCCGCCAUAUUUCUUAAGAGCUUCUAGGCUGACCCCUGCCCCCCAAAUCAGUUAGGCUUUCAGGGGAGUAGACCCAGCCCCAUUUCUGACCAAUCUCACCAGGGUUCUUAGUUCAUCCAAUGGAAGGUCCAGAGGUAACGCUUUGGUUCUGAAAUGGAAUCUGAACCACCCUUCCCUUUCCCCAAGAAGGAAGUUUUAGGCUGAGUACCAAUUGUCUUCGUGUUUGCUUUUCUAAGGGUUUUAAGUUAUUUAUGUAUUUAAUAGGCUCUGAGAUAACUUUAGGGCAUAAGAUUCCAUUUUAAUGAAUUACAUGCCUUAUUUGGUAUUUUUUUAUAAGAUGUGAUUCCAGACUUGGGAAUUUUAUUAUUUAAAUGAUAAAACCUAUAUUUAUUUGAACUAUUUAUGGAUCUAUUUAUCUCGUCUGUCUUUAGAGAAAGGUAAAAUAUAUGAGUAUCUGUGCUGCCUAGAGAAAUCCUAGAUAGGAUUAAAUAGCGAUUGAAAAUUUCUCAGGAUUUUCUCUUCAUUGUCUCUUAGGCAUGCAUGACAUGGCUGAAAUAAAGACUAAACCUAGUUUUAUAUUUAUUAACUUAAUUUUGUAUAUUAUUGAGUGUUCACAAGAGAGACAGCAAGUUGCUCUGUAAACUCUUGUAACAAAAACAAUUGGUAAUAAUAAAGUUUGGAAAGAAAA